AUGGCCCAAGUCAACAAUUUAUUCACGCCGGGCCGAAAGGUCACUAUCCAAUGCACUCCCAUUGCACCCGGCCUAUGGGCUAGUCCUGUGAAUACCACCUUUCACAUCCCCAAGUCCAGUGGGAUGACGUCUUUUUCAUUAAACAACUCACCUCCUAUAUCAUCCGAAUGUACGAUGACGAGUCUUUCCGCACAAGGAACAAACACUAUGCAGGUCUGGUGGGGAACCCCUGAAGGAGCCAUUGAGACAGCCCAGUUCCCUCUUGAAAGAUUCCACCAGCAACCACAGCAAUUCGCCAAUGCGUCGACAGUUUGGUGGAUUGCGGAAACCGGGGCUAUUGAUGGGCAAGUUAAUAGCGGCCAAGGAUGGACGUCACCCGGCACCGGAGCUGGGGAAGCAUAUCCCUUCAACAAGGCUGGUAUAGCUUCAACAACUAAUGGAGGUUCCAUGACAAGUCUCUUACUAGAGUAUAAUAAUGGAACCAUCCUUUUCUGGGUCGAUCCUAAGGGUGCCAUCGGUUGCUGCAGAUGGUUUACUGGCUCAGGUUGGCAGGCUGUUUUUGAUGCACUUCCUGCCGGCACAGCAAGCGCCACUACCCAGCUGACUACACUGUCCGUUGGCGGUAGUGCCUAUCUGUUCUGUGUUGCUCCGGAUGGUGCAAUUGUCGGUGCCAGUUGGCCCGACGCCACCAGCGCUACUUUGGGUCCCAUGUCCCAAUUCGAAGUUGCACCAUCUGGCAGUGCAGCGCCUGACGGAGGAUUAGCUUCUAUCAGCGUAAAUGCACAGGAGAUUGCGGUCUUGUGGACAACACCAAAAAAUAACAUCGACAUGGCCUUUCUGUUUGAGGGGGGUUACUCAUUCCGCAAUUUCCAGCGACCCAUUACUGUGGCUCAGUCAGUUCUAGGAGGGACAGGUAUUGCAGCUUAUUCUAUGGAAGCGAACCAGUGCUCAGUUUGGUGGAUUGGACAGUCAAGCGAUCUCAGGAGGUCAAACGUGGAUUUCACCAAAGUCGCAGCAACGGCGACGCCCGACUGGCCAGUGUUUGAAGAGCUUGGCCCUGAUUCUUGCAAACAAACGCGGUCACUUAUUGUUCAGAAAGUAUCUGGAACUCAGAUUGACGUCUUGUAUGUAAAUGCGAAAGGUGCUGUUGCAGGGUUGUCCUAUGAGCCAGCAUCUUUGUGUUUCUCAGAGAGAAGUCAACCGCUCAUGUUUCUUCAUCUCCGUAAAGUACAUCAUAUUUUUUUCAAUUCACCCUUCGGCGAUUUAGUAGAGAUUGAACGAAUGGAAAGUCAAAGCAAAGCUGAAGAUUCGAUCUUCAUAUACCGCCCUACUGCACAUCUUGCCCCCGAUGACACACAUAGUCAAGCCGUGGACUGGUUUGACCCUGCCACAACCGACGAAUGGCUUAACAAGGAGAUCGAAUCACGAAGGAAUUCUCUCGCCUCAACACCCAGACAUCUUCAAGAAAGAAGAAUGUUUUGUGAGCUUUCGAGGCUCAUUUUACAACAAUAUCUACGUUUUGGAACAGAAAAGUCUUUGAAUGAUGCAAUCGAGUUGGAACGAAAGGCCCUGGAAUACAUCAGCACUGGCUUUCAACGUGCAAAGUGUCUGCUGGUUCUGGGAGACCUGCUUUGCCUCCGUUUUCGCCGCAAGAAAGCUGUUUGGGACAUGGAAUAUUCCAUCAGAGCCGCAAAACAGCAUAUCUAUCCACUUCCUACGCAGGGAGCUCCGUACACUUACGACAUGCUCAGCUUUGGUCAUGGAGAUGAAACCCUUGAACAAUCAGAUCUGGGUUCGGCCUUUGCCGACAUAGACGAAGGCAUUGAUAAGUCACAUACUGCAUUUGAGCUCAUCCCUGACGACUUUCCCCUUCGGGCCGAAUGGUUGGACACCCUUGCUUCAGUUAUUCUUCAUCGCUAUUCUUUGAGCAAAGCACUCGAAGACAUUGAUAAAGCUGUCGAAAUAUGCAUGAUUGCAUCUGUGGAUGGCAGUUUUGGUCCCUCAGAAACGCUCAUAGAGGCACUCCUUAUACGGAUUGCUGCCAAAUGGGAUGAGUCUGAUAUUCUUCAAGUCAUAGACCUCUGUGAUGAAAUGUUGUCGGAGUCUCUGGGCGACAGAAAGAAGAUCCUGCAGUCCCGUGCUGAAGCUUUCUACUUCCUCUACUGUUCAACAGGGAUGGUGGAACAUAUCAACGAGAGCGUCAAGGACUCCAAAAGAGCAAUAGAUUCGGGACGUGGAAGCCUAGAGUCGCUCAGUAUCAGGUGUCACAGAUUUAGGAGUGGACUGUUGUAUACUCGGUAUCAGCAGACUGGGGAUUUGGCCGAUCUUGAUGACUCGAUGGCCUCAGCAGCGACCGUGGCCAAAAUUCUCUUUACUCCGGGCCCCAAGUCAAAAGCUACACUCUUCAGCCUGCUGGCAAGUGAUUGGGUCAGUAGAACUGAGGCCACAGCAGACCAAGCACACUUUGCUGAAGCCAUCGAGUGGCCUGCAUGCAUCCAGCUAUUUGGUACGAGCCGAAUGGAUUCUCUUCAUGAACUAUGUCUACGGCAAUAUGAAAGAUACGAAGUAAAGGGCAGGGGUGGUGAUCUUCAGGAUGUUGUCAAUAUUCUGAGACGGAUGGUCGAACUGGUGCCUAGUCAAGCGUUGCGGAGCAGUCUAGGUAAUCGCGUCAUGCAAUUAUAUUCCGAGUUCACCUUUCUGGAGCACCUACUUGUUGAGGCAAAAACCAUUUUUCGACAGUUGGUUCAGGAGUCAAAAAGAGAUUCAGCAGACCAUAGGCGGUAUUCUUUACAGCUGGCAUACUGCCUUUGCUUCCAGCACGAGCGAACCGGAGGUACUGUUCACCUCACUGAAGCCGUCAACAUCGGGACGAGAAUUUUCGAGACGGCCAAAGCAGAUGAACCAAUCUAUGCACUAGCGUUGAACACUUUUGGCGAAGUAAUUUAUCAGCAGUGUCGCGUCAGCAAGACAGUAUCCAAUAUUGAUCACAUCAUCGAUCUAUUACAAAUGAUGAGAGAUACCACCAUGUCGCAUGCUCCAACCAAACCUCUAAGCAAAUUGGUUGAGUGUCUCCUCUGGAAGUAUCGCAUAACCGACGAAGCUAAGCAUCUAAACUUCGCAGUUGAGCUGGCAAGACUUGCUGAAAGCUCACUCCCAAACAGAUACCCUAAUCAUCAUUGUAUCGUUCGCCAUAGACUUGCAAUAUCACUGCACGAGCAGUACUCGAGGAAACCAACGCUGUCUGACCUGAAUGAAGCUAUUGAACUGGAGAGGCAAAAUCUACAGCCUGGCCAAUUCACUCGUUAUCUUUCUCACGCCAAUCUGACGUCGCUGCUUUCUGAGCUAUACGUCGCGACAGGCGAUCGAGAGCACCUCCAGGAGGCGAUAGAAAUGGGAAAAGAAACGCAAAAUAUUGAUGGCCGCUCCAUCCGGUGCUUCAGAGGUGACCGCGUGUAUAUCCCAUAUAUUCUCGAUAUCGAGAAAACAACCGAGCUUUCGAAUAAACUGUACGAGCACUUGAAGGCCAUGUCAAACACCUACCAUGUCAGGACGCGCUACAUUAGUAGCCUGGCAUUGAUGCUCAUGGGUGGAGAUCAGAACGACCUAGCAACACGAUAUGCAAGAGAAAGUCUGGAGCUAGUUCCAGCAGACAGCCCAGACCUGCCCUGGCACUUGUGUUGCCUCGUGCUCUGCUUGGAAGCUAGCCUAACAACUUCAAAUAACGCCUCCGAGCUAGAAGAGAUGAUCAAGUCAGCGGAGAAAGCCGCGGAGGUCUCGCCAGAGGAUCAUCCUGGCAGACCAUUCUAUCUUUCAGUUCUAUCUAUUGCCCUUCAUAGACGAUUCAUGAAGACAGGGAGGUCCCCUGAUCUCAACUUGGCGAUCAAUUACGGGGUAGAGGCUUACAACCUGACACAUGGAGACACACUCCAGGACUAUGGUAAUCGAUACUUGGCCUCGGAUCAGCUAUCAUUCUGUCUACAGCACAAGUACCUCAGAGAGGGCAUUUCGAGCGAUCUUGAACAGUCUAAAGAACUUCAUCAAGAGGCUCGUGACUGUAGACAAAGGCUGAAGAGGAACGAGGCAUAUUUCAACUGGAUUAGAAGUUCUCCUGAUGGGGCUUAUACUGUUCAUCUUGGCACUAACUUAAAAGGGUCCUUGACACUCGCCAACAAAAGACGUGUGUAUUCCUUACUCCCAGACAAGCUGGACUGUCACCCUCGACUAUUUGCCGUUGCGGAGCAAUACUUCCGAUACUACGAAGAGGCAGACGAUGAGAGAUACCUCGCCGGGGCUUUGGGUGCUUCGAUCUCGUCGCUCGCUUUCAGUCAAGAGGACCAUAUCACGCACUCUGCACGACUUCACCUCGUUGGGCGAUGUUAUGAGGAGUACUACAAGAGAUCGAUAGCAUCUGAUUGCGGCGAAGGAGAUCAAAAAGACCGCCUUCAUCAUCUCGAUAUGGCCAUCUCAAAAUUCCGAGAUCUCAUCAGUCACCUUUCUUCGGAAGAUCCUCUACGCCCUGAUGUUCUUGGCCGCCUUGGCCAUUUAUACUCGGACAAGCUGUUCUACAAUUACAAACUUGAUGACUUGAAGAUGGCAGUGGAAGUACACCAGGAAUGUCUCAACCUCGCACAGGAGAAUAGCGCCGAACGUGCAAAAUGGCUACGCCAUCUUGGGUGCUCUAAGCUUAUCUCCUACCACGUCUUCAAGGACGGAAGUGACUUACAAAAAUGCAUCAAUCUGCUUGAACAAGCAAAGGAUGAGAAUCUACAUGACCCGGCCUUCACCAAGGAACUUAUCCCCAGCCUAGCCAGUGCCUAUCGUUGCAAGUUCAUGGUUACAAGAGACAUCAAAGACAUUGACGCUGCCAUUGAGAUGUAUCUAAACUCCCCUCUCGGUCAGGCUAUCACGAUUCCAUGGCUUGGUAGUGCCUACCUUGCCCGGUUUGAGCUGACAAAGGCGCCGGAGGACAUGAAGUUGGCCAUGUACAAUUUGGAGAAGGCCCUCGAGCUCACUCGCAAGUACAUGGAAAUCUCAGAUGUUGUCCAGGUGCUCAAAAAUCUGACAAAUUGCUAUCUCAUGAAAUAUCAUUACGGUGGCAGCCUCCAUGACCUCGAGCAAGCCAUUUGCUACACACAGGACGGCGUGGAUGUUGAGCCACAUGAAGCUUCCCAAGUUGUUGAUAUUGCAGGCCUGUUGGGGCUCUGCCACACGACCAAGUACAAUGUUACAAAAUGUGAGCAUGAUCUUCUCAAGGCCAUCGAUGCAGAUGAAAGCGACUUCUGGGUCUUCAUGCCAGUUGCGAACAUAUCAGACAGUUUGGUGCUUGCACAGCGACUGAUGGAGUCAUACAAAACUCUCGGGAACUGGGAGAAAGGCUUAAAGAUUGCUGAAUACGCACUCGAGCUUAUCCCUGCCUACGCACCUCGUUACCUGCGUUGGUCGGAAGCCCAAGCCCUUCUUUCCAGAAUUAGUGGCCUUGCAUCUUUCGCCGCUGCCUUUUCGCUAGAAAGCGGGAAAGCUGAGGGGGCUAGUCUAACUCUGCUCGAGAGGGGUCGAGGAGUUGCCGCGGACCUUUUGUAUGAUCUUCGUCUUGACUUUGACAGUCGGAAGUUUGCAGAUCUGGAGCCGGCGUACAAACAGAAGCUUUUGAGUAGUAUAGGACGACUUGAGAAUCCUGUACAGAAACUCACUCAGCCACCAGGUCUUAUUUCCGGUGACCCCAGGUCUGGCAUCGCGGAACUUACUAGGAGGCUAGAAGCAAGCAAAACUGUCGACGAUUUCAUGGAGAGUUUUAACACACGUCUGAAACCAGACAACACCAGCUUCACAGCGUUUACGAGGAAUGGUCCUAUUGUUAUUAUUAAUGUCAGCUUCCGUUGUGAUGCUUUCAUUGUUAAACACAUAGUUGAGGCUAUGCCCUUGCCUAAGCUGUCCGAGGAACAAAUAGAACGGAGGCUCCGCGAUGGAAACUUGGGAAGCCCAAACACUUUGGAAUGGCUCUGGGAUACUAUCGCGGGGCCUAUUCUUGAAUACCUUGGUUGCACGAAGAUGCCUUCUGGUGAAUGGCCACAGAUAUGCUGGAUCGCUACGGGAGCAUUGAGUCGCUUUCCGUUGCACGCAGCUGGCUAUCACAAAGAUGAAACUGGACGUACCGUCAUAGACAGAGUCAUGUCGUCCUACAGCUCAUCGCUGAACGCUAUUUUAGAAGGGCCAGUGAAGAAUGAACGAAACUCCUCGACCAAGGCGGUUUUAGUUGCCAUGCAGACAACGCCAGGGAGUCCCAGCCUUCCGUAUGCUCCCAAAGAGCUAUCGAUUGUUCAAGAGGUAUGUCAGUCAAUGGGGCUCUGUACUGUGGAGCCAAAAAGACGAACCCAAGAAGUACUCGCGCAGUUGAAGGACUGUGACAUUUUUCACUUUGCCGGUCACGGCGAGACGGAUGAGACAAACCCCCUGAAUAGUCAAUUACGUCUUGAAGACUGGCAGACCCAGUCUUUGGCAGUGUCUGAUCUGUUGAAUCUCAAGCUGCGCGAUAAUCCACCAUUCCUGGCAUAUCUUUCAGCUUGUGGAACGAGCCAGAUUAAAGAUAAACGCCUGUUAGAUGAGAGUCUGCACUUGAUUAGUGCAUGCCAGUUGGCUGGCUUUAGGCAUGUGGUAGGAACACUCUGGGAAGUCGGUGACGAGGCUUGCGUUGAUGUUGCGGAGACAGUCUACCAGGAGCUGAGAGAGUCUGGCAUGGAUGAUCAAUCUGUGUGCCGGGGGUUGCAUAAAGCUGUUCGGAAGAUUCGUGAUACAUGGGUGACAGAAGCGCGUAUGCGAAUGGUCAAAAGGGGUCUUGAUACCUCGAUUGUAAAGGUCAUGGAUCACAAGAGCGGCUUUGAAGACGGGUUAAGCGACGUGCGAUCAGCAAGGGAUAUUGUACCGCUGGACGAGGACGAGAAUGAAAGGCCUGCUCCUUGGGUCGCUUAUGUGUAUCAUGGAAGUAGAUAG